GUUUCUUUCUUACUUAGAACUUAGAAGUUAGAAGUAACUAGAUUACACAAGAGACAUGGAUAGAUAGAUGAGUUUCAGUUUCAACCAACUCUUUGUGGCUGUGAUGAAAGUGAAAAGUUGAAACAAAACCCAGAGAGAGAGAGAGAGAGAGAGAGAGAGAGAGAGAGAUGGAGACUUUACCUCCCGAAAUCUGUCUCAAGGUAUUCUGUUUUCUGGAUCACCAACAUCUUGCUCUUGCUCAAUUAGUGUGCAGGAAGUGGAAGUUCAUCGCCUCCGACAACGAUCUAUGGUCUAAUCUUUUUAAGGAAAGAUGGGGAGGAAAUCAUGCUGCUUUCUAUGCUCCAAUCGGUUCAAAAUCUUGGAAGGAUGUAUAUGAGGUUCAAGACCGCUGCGAUCGAGUUGGAGUGGGUUUGAAGAUUAUUAGAGAAGGUAGCGACUACUAUCUUGUUCACCAAGGUGAGAUCCAGCGACAUCUGGGUUCAAGAAAGAAUCAAGAACAUGUUAAUGGACGCAGCAGCCACACUUUUUGUUCAGAAAAUGACUUCAUUGGAGAAGGUUCUCUGAUUCAAGAGAGAUCUCGCCGCGGAAUUCUGGACAAGAUCCUAUUCUUCAUUGGGGAUUUGGAAGUUGCUUCUGCUGGUGCAAAACGCAGGCGUCCACUCUGAAUAUCUUCAUUGCAAUAUUCAAUUUCACUGUAAAACUAUUCUAUAUGUAACCAUUAAUUUUAUGUAUAUAUAUUUAUGCACUUAUUAUUUGUACGAUAAAAAAUGUAUUCA